GCACGACGCCGACCAGACUGAGGCCAUUGUACCAGCCUUUGCGUCGCGCGUCCGCGACAACGCGGUCAUCCGCAUGGACAAGGUCUUUGGCAAGAAGAGUACCAAGGCCAUCAAGAUGGAGAUCUGCUCCGGCGCGGGCGAGUGGGUCGUGUCCCAGGCCAAGAAGGAUCCGAACGCCAACUGGGUCGCGCUCGAGAUUCGCCACGACCGCGUGUACCAGAUCUUCACGCAAGCGGUCUUUGAGCGCGUGGACAACUUGUGCAUUGUCGCCGGUGACGCAUCGGUCGCGGUGCCGCAGCACUUGACGCCGGGCCUUGUGGACUUUAUUUUUAUCAACUUUCCCGAGCCGCCGCAGCAAACCGGUGGCGACUCGUCGCAAGCCAAGCACCUCUUGACCCAAGGCUUCUUGACCGACUGCGCGCGCUUGCUCAAGCCCAACGGCCGGCUCACAAUCGUGACCGACAACAAGUGGUAUGCGCAGAUGCUGCUCAAGAUCGUCGCGCGCGUGCACGGCGUCAAGGGCGUCGUUCUCAAGAAGGCCACUGUCCUCGAGACGACGAGUGGGUCUUUUCACUUGUACAUGGGCGACCCUCCGAAAGAGUGCGGCGUCGCCGACACGAAAUCGUCGUCGUACUUUGACCGGCUCGCCAAACAGGACAGCCGCCGCGCCAGCCAAGGCACCCACUACAUUUCCGUCUACAAGACGGCUUAAGGCCUUCACAACGACAUUUGAUGUGUAAACAAC